GAAGGUGAGCAGAACUGGCCGAGUUUCUAAGUUGAAAUUGAUUCUCAAGGUGGCCAAUAUAUGAAAAGUUAUUCUUCAUGACAAAGAUAGCCUUCUUCAAAAAAGUAGCGAAUUCAUCACAAAAAGCAGACUGCAGUGUCUAUGAGCAGUGUAGGGAGACCGAGGAGGUCCUCCAUGAAGACUCAGCUGGUUAGUGCCAUCCAGCUAGAGGAAGUGGAGAUGGAGGAGGUCAAUAACCAUCACCAAGAGGUCAACAGCCCUUACCACGAGGUCAACAACCCUCACCAAGAGGUCAAAGAGCCACAGACGUACAGUGUGGAGGAGGCGGUGGAGACCAUCGGCUUUGGUCGCUUCCAUGUUAUGUUGUUCAUCAUCAUGGGCAGUGCCAGCAUAGCGGAGGCGAUGGAGAUCAUGUUGCUAGCCGUGGUGUCUCCUGAGAUCCGCUGUGAGUGGCAUCUGGACAACUGGGAGGUGGCUCUGGUCUCCACGAUGGUGUUUGCGGGGUUCAUGGUGUGUGGAGUGCUGAGUGGAUACAUGGCCGAUAGAUAUGGACGCUGGAAGGUGGUGUUUGGGGGUUCUGUGUGGGCAGCGUACUUCUCCCUGCUCACCUCCUUCUCUCCGUCCUACGGAUGGUUCAUCUUCCUUCGCCUGAUGGUGGGUUGUGGUGUCGCCGGGUGCUCCCAAGGGUUUGUCCUAAAGACUGAGUUUAUCCCUGCUAGUUACAGAUCCUACCUGCUACCUCUCGCCUCAAUCUUCUGGAUGGUAGGCUCCAUGCUCAUCAUCAUGCUGGGUAUGACUGUGGUUCCAACGCUGGGCUGGCGUUGGAUGAUCCGCCUGUCUGUCAUCCCCAGUGUCCUCCUCCUCCUUCUCUUCCAGCUUAUCCCGGAGUCGGCUCGCUACAACGUGUCAGCAGGGAACGUGCAGGCUGCCGUGGAAACACUCCAGCGUAUCGCCAGGAUGAACAGGGCCUCCAUGCCACCAGGGAGGCUCGUGGAACCUUUGGUGAAAGAGAGGGGCAGUUGGCGCCUCCUGGUCAGUCCAGCAUUCAGGAGGACCUCCCUACUACUGUGGUACUCAUGGUUUGUGGCGUCCUUCUCCUACUACGGCUCUGUGUUGAGCAGUUCUGAGCUGCUGGAGAAGAACCUGCUGUGUGUGACGGACGCUGACGCGGAGCACCAGCAGAAACACAGCCACCCAGAGGACGGGAUGUGCUACUGCAUCCCCUUCGGCUUUAACGACUACCAGACCCUCCUCAUCAGCUGUCUGGGGGAGGUCGCCCUCAUCCCUCUGAAUAUAUGCCUGUUGAACGUGUUUGGGAGGAAGUGGAGCAUGGUUCUGCUGGAGCUCAUGGCAGCCCUGUUCUUCAUGCUGGUCAACGUCUGCUCUACUAUGUUUGGUUUUACCAUUCUGCUGUUCUUGAUCAGGUCUCUGGUCUCCAUGAAUUUCAAUGUGGUUUAUAUUUAUACUGCAGAGGUGUACCCGACUGCAGUGCGUUCUCUUGGGUUAGGUUUCUGCACUUCUUUUAGCCGCAUCGGAGGCAUGAUCGCCCCCUUCAUAGCACAGGUGUUGAUGUCACAUUCAGUGAUUUUAGCAAUGCUGCCAUUUUCUGUGGCCUGUGUGCUUUGUGCGGUUGGAGCCUUUCUAUUGCCUAUCGAGACAAAGGGACGAGCACUACUGCAAAAUUCCUGACUGUUUACAUGUGAUUCUCAACACAUUCAUGUAAUUUAAUAUUUACACAUUAAACGUUCUAUACUUUGA